AGGACUCAGGUUUGAAGAUGAGUACAAUGAAGGGUUCUGCAAAGUUAUUUCUGAAGAAGAAGAUUCUGAUGCUAGUGGGGAGACCCCGGAACAGUAUGAAGCCCGGAGCAGCAGAAGACACAUGAGCUACCCGGAUCGAGUUCGCAUACUCAACUUGCGCCGGAACUUGAACCACCUUGACAAUCUUGCCAAAGAAAAGAGUAUAAUCUUUCGAAAAACCAGAGAGGAACUGAAUGCCUGCCAUUUUCGGAUUGAGACACUAACGAUGCAACAAAAGGAUGUGGAGGAAGAGAUUGAGAGAGAGAAGGAGGCUGGAAAUACUGCUGCCGUGUUCCGCCUACAGGCAACGCAGAGGCGUUUGUGUGGUGAACUGGGAAAUGAAAAGGACCUGGAGUCCAAAAUUGCUGAGAUGCUGAAUGAAAACAUGCUCGGGAUGUGGAAGAUUGAAAUUGAACAAGGCAAGUUUGCAGACCUCCGCAAGCAGAUCACACAGGACGAGAAAGAGCUCGACCAGCAACACCAGGAGCAAGCAGAAGAACGGCUCCAGAAGCAGACGGAGCGAGCGGUGAUGCUGAGCCGGAAGUGCCUGGCUGCAAAGAGAGAACGGCAGGAAACCGCUGAGGAUUACGAGCGAAAGGUUUCCAAAGCUUUGGAUGAUGCUCGGAGGAACCGUGAAAAAGGUGUACGGUUUCUGGAGUCCAGCUUGGCAAGGGUUCGUGAGAAAGAAGCAGCCAUGGAAGAGGAGCAACAGGAGUACAUGCAUAAGAGGAUGGAAACGGUGUUAUCUCUGAAGAACAACAUCACUUCAACUCGGGAAACCUUCCGAACCCUCCAGACCAGAGAUAAAGCCCUUGCGCUGGAAGCCAAAGAGCAAGAGCAGAAAGUGAAGGAGGCUAUCAAGGCGCAAGGCCUCAAUGUCACCCGGGAGUUUUUGCUUCACAAACAACAGGAGGAGUUUGAGAGGCAGAAGAAGGAAUUUAUGGAACAGCAGAAAGCGAAGAAAAUUGAAAUCGUAGCUCAGAUUUUGAAAGAAGAAGCUCAGCUGGAGAAAGUGAGGCAACAGUCCCGCCCGUGGAGACCAAAAAAUAAGGGGAAGCUUUCUGAUGCUGUAAGGUGGCGCAGGAAAACAUGGAGGUAUAUAGAGAAUGCGUAUGCCGAGCCGGAUGCAACAACUGUUACUCAGAAAUCCUGGCGCACGCCUUCACCUUGUUCUUCCCCAGAUGACAAAAAUGAUGUUCCAGAGGAGUCUUCUUGGAAAACAACUCAAGAGAUGGCUCAUGAAAGCAAAGAUGCAAGAAAGGAGGAAGACUCAAAGGAGACUCUAGCUGAACCAGAGUUUAUGGGACUUUGGGAUCAAGAGUACGACAUAUCCAAGGUGCCAGAUGGCAGAAUGGAUUCCAAACCUUUGGGUGCCAGUAAAAUGGAAAAGGAUAUAUUUGCUCGAAAAUUGGAGAAGCUGCACAGCGGCAUCAUCCACAAACAUCGAGUCUCUGGGCGUGAGUUUAAGGGGUGCCCUUUCUACAGCAAGCCAAGCCUUAUUCACUUCAAGGACUUUGAUGUUGGUAAAACCUAUAAAAAGAAGAUGAUUUUGAUCAAUGCCUUCUAUAGCAUUAACUAUUGUAAGCUGGUGGGAGUCAGUGAACAUCUCAAGGACUUCUUCACUGUUCACUUUGACCCUCCUGGCCCCAUGUCUGCUGGAAUGUCAUGUGAAGUCGGAGUGACCUUUAAACCGAUGAUAAACGAAGAUCUCCAAGGAGAAAUUGCCUUCUUAUCUCAUAUUGGCUCCUUUUCAAUCCCGUUGAAAUGUUCAACCAAGAAAUGUGUGCUGGCACUAGAUAAAGAGCUCAUUGACUUCGGCACUCAUGUGGUGGGAGAGACAAUUUCACGGACCAUCACCUUGACGAACUGCGGGGCCUUGGCAACAUGGUUCCAGCUUCACAGAUCAGCUGGCUCAGAUGCUGCGCACACUGUGAUAUCGCCCCCUUCCUUCGAGAAAGCGGUCUGUGCAGGCCUGACUGACAAUAUCUCCACUGAGAAAGUUGGCAGCCCUGGCGUAACUGAGUCUGUUACUGCGAAGGGAACGGUUUCUUUUCUUUGUUCUGAAGAAGUUAUCCAGCAUAUCAGCCUCCCUGAGAGGUCGAAAACAGAUGUCGAAUCAUCCUUCAGUCAUUUAGGAACAGCCAGUGAAGAGUUUUCUGUGCUGGACAUAACAGAACAAAAUACACCGUCCUUUAUGAACGUGAGCCCUCUGGAACAUCAGUUCCAGGAAGAACUACCCGAAAUUACAUUGGGCAAGGUUACAGAAGGUGAUAUUGGACCUUUCAGCUCUGUCAAACUUCAGAUUAUUUUCACUCCAGCAGUUCCUGGGGAUGUUCGUGCUGAAUUCGAGAUUACCUUUGACAACCCUGAUUGUGAUCCAUUGCACUUCAGCGCUGUGGCCGUUUCUGUGGCCGUGCCCGUGUGGGUGCCCAAUCCAGACGUCGACCUCAAAAUCUGCAUGUACGACAGGCUGUAUCAGGACGGCAUCAUCAUUCAAAGUAGAGCAACGUCUGCACUACGCUUGAAGUUUGAGGUUUGCAAGGAACUGACCAAUCACAUGGAACUGCUUCCAAAGACAGGCUACAUUCAAGCCCAUUCAUCCUUCAGCGUGCAGCUGAAGUUCCUGCCGAGGAAAUCUCUUCCAGAAGAUGCAAGAAAGUACUUUGAUGAGCAGACCAGAGUCUUGGAAGUCCCAAUGACUAUAAUGGUUUCAGAUCAGAGCAAGCCAGUUGAAUUUACUGUCCAUGCAGUCGUCACCACCUCUGAUCUGGAGAUCAGUCCAACAGAAGUAGAUUUUGGAUACUGCACUAUCUAUGAAGCAGUCCAGUCCACAAUCACACUCACAAACAAAGCUAUUCUAGCCCAGGAGUUUGGCUUUGUAGGACUCCCAGAGUUUGUAGAAAUUCAGCCCAAUGAUGGAUUUGGAACUCUUCUCCCCCUUGAAAGUUUGACCCUGGACAUAAUCUUCAAAGCCAUGAAGGCAAAGGAAUACAGCUUUGAGCUGACCUGCAAGACUGAGAUCAAUAGGCAGUUCAAGCUGUCUUGCAAAGCCAUUGGUGUCCACCCUCCUCUGGAGCUCUCACAUUCCUUGGUUCAGUUUCCCGCCACCGCUCUCAAUGAUGUGUCGCAAGCCACUCUCUUUGUGAUCAAUAGCCAUGUCAGCCUUAAUCAGUUCACCCACACUGUCCCAAGGAUUGGCAAGGGAGACAUCGCCCCCGUUGGGCCCACAUCCUUCCAGUUUAUCAUCCCUGAAGACUCUCCCAUCACGAUCAUGCCAUGUGUUGGAACGGUUCUGCCUGGGAAGAAGUGCUUAGUAGAAGUGUCCUUCCGCCCAGUGUUGAGUGAACAGCUGAUCAAGCAGGAAGCAGUCGAAAUGGCUCACCGGGCUGCUGAAAUGAGGGUGGUGAUGGAGAAGAAGGCCCGGGAAGAACUACAGAGGAGGAAAGAAGAGGCUCUGGCUGGACGAAAGAGGCUGGGAAGUGGCUCCUUCCUCGGCCAGUUCUCAAAAGACAAACACAGCAAGCAAACCCUGAAGGCGUUAGAGGUGCCCGAACUGGAAAACAUUCUGCCAAACUCUGAAGAAUAUAUCGCAGCUCAUUUGGCUCUGGUUCGGAAUUUCACUGAAAAAAUUGAGAGUUAUAUUAUACCCUGCCUGGUCGCAAGCGGUGCUAUAGAUGAGAAGAAAGGAUCCGAAAACCUGCAAUACAGUCCAUAUAAUACCUUAUACCUAGAGCUUCAUUGUCCUUCCGUGGCACCUUCUCUGCUGUUGAUUUCGAACAAUGGGAGAAGCACCAUCAACUUUGGCAGCAUCGCUGUGGGGCACAGAAUUAAGGAAGACCUCAAGAUACAGAACAUUUCCCAAGAACAACUAACUGUGGGAUAUUCCCUCUUGAGUCCCUUUGGACCCUUCUGGUUGUUGAAUCCCGUCCGUAUGCUUGAGGAAGGAGAAUCCAAAGAGCUCAGCGUCUCAUUCUGUCCAGAGGAAAGCAGAGCAUUCUGUGAAAUACUGGAAAUCCGAAGCCAGAAAGCUACCCUUGCCAUCACUUUGACCGGCGAAGGAGUGAUCCCUUCGAUCCUUUGUUCGGUGGAAGGAGACGUGUUCAACCUGGGCUAUGUUGUCGCCAAGGAAACAGCCACUUCCACCUUUAAGAUAGAAAAUACUUCCUCCAUCACCCUGAAAUUCUCCAUCCUUCUCGAGUCUCUCUCGCCAAACCAGGACAAAGAGCAGCAGAAGCUUCCUGGUUUCCUCACAUCUCCAUGGAAAGCAGAUUUAGUGGGUACGCAGAACUACAGCGGUCUGAGCGUGUUCAGCGUCUCCCCAGUUGAAUGCUCUGUUGGCGCCGGGAAGACCCAAGAGUUCACCAUCACCUUCAGCCCCGACCAUGAGAGCCUGCACUAUUCUGACUGCCUAAAGAUCAUGCUCUUUGACACGGAAAUCAUCCGUGUCAUUCAGCUGAAAGGGGCUGCGAGGAUCCACAUGAUGUUUGUGGAAGGAGGCGACCCGUUGGACGUGCCCGUAGAGUCGUUGACCCUGACAACAUCUAUGGCGGAAGAAGCUGCCAAAGCAGAAAGUGACAAGCUCACGAAGCCCAUCCUGCUGAGGUUGGAGUGUGUUCAGUCUGAGACCGUGGUGAUCCCGGCUGUCAGGGAGUUGAGAGUGGGCGGCAUUCGAACUGGCCUGUUCCCAUCGAAGAAGAACGUAGAAUUCAGCUGGGAAAGCCUGUCCAUUCUGCAGAUGAAAGGAUUCACCAUUGACCCUGUGAAAGGAACAGUCGAUCGUGGGCAAACCAAAGCCAUUACUGUUUCUUGGGUGCCCCCUGCUGGCUCAGAUCCUGAUCAGCUUAUGACAGGGACGGCCAUGCUGACUCUGAAAGGGGACGUCAAAGAAGUUUACAGCGUCUACUUCAUGAGCAAGAUCGUGACCAAAAAGAUGGACUUUUAUCCUUUGGAAAAUGAGAUCAUCCUCAUGAAUCCCCCCAAAAUAUCCAGAACAAAAAAGAGAUAG